AUGAUCAGAGAAAAAUUGAAACAGACACAGAAUCGUCAGAAAAGUUAUUACGAUAAUAAGCAUAGACCGUUGGAAUUUGAAGAAGAAGAUCAUGUAUUUGUGCAGUUGUCUUCGGUCAUUGGCGUUGGUCAUGCAUUGGGAGUAAGGAAGUUGAGUCCAAGAUUUAGUGGAUCGUACCAGAUUACUAAGAGAGUGGGAUUGGUCGCCUAUCAACUUGCCUUACCUCCCCAGUUGUCUAAUCUACAUGAUGUUUUUUAUGUGUCACAGCUGCGGCGUUAUGUUUCGGAUGAAUCACAUGUGGUGAUACCGAAUAAUAUUGAGAUACGGGAGAAUCUGAAGACUCCUACUAGUCUUAUAGACAUUCUUGACCGGGUUGAAAAGAGGCUGAGAAGCAAAGGUGGAUGA